AUGGGAAAAGCUCUAUCUGGAUUAAACCUCAUAGGAAGACCGUUUUAUCAUUUGGAGAUUUCAUUCAGGUCUCUCUGUUUAACUAAAAUAAUCUGUCUGUCUUUGGCAGGAGAGAGACCAGACUCCCACUCUGACAGCAGGAAGAGUCCUUCAGAGAGACCAGACUCCCACUCUGACAGCAGGAAGAGUCCUUCAGGGGAACCAGACCCAGAGACGCCCAAACCAGCGAGACGACAUCACUGCUCCCACUGUGGAAAGAGUUUUAGUUGGUUAGGGUACCUAAAACAGCACGAGAGAAAGCACACAGGAGAAAAGCCUUUCCAAUGUUCCCAGUGUGGAAAGAGAUUUACCUGGUUAGGGAGCCUAAGGGAGCAUAAGAGAAUACACUCUGGAGAGAAACCGUUCCACUGUUCCCAGUGUGGAUUGACUUUCGCCUGGUUAGGGAGCCUGAAAACCCAUGAGAGUUCACACACAGGGGAAAAACCUUUCCAAUGUUCCCAGUGUGGAAAGCGUUUUACCCAGUUAGGGAGGCUGAAGGAGCAUGAGAAGAUACACACAGGGGAAAAGCCUUUCCAAUGCUCCCUGUGCGGAAAGAGUUUUACCAAGUUAGGGGCCCUGAAGGAGCAUGAGAAGAUACACACAGGGGGAAAACCUUUCCAAUGCUCCCUUUGUGGAAAGAAUUUUACCCGCUUAGGGAACCUAAAAGAGCAUGAGACAAAACACACACAAGAAAAGCCCUACCAAUGCUCCCUGUGCGGAAAGACUUUUACCAAGUUAGGGGCCCUGAAUAGGCAUGACAGGACACACACAGGAGGGGAUAAGACGUACUACUGCUCCCUGUGUGGAAAGACAUUUAACCGGUUAAGACAUCUGAAUAAGCAUGAAAGAAUACAUACACAGGAGGAGAAGACAUACCACUGCUCUCAGUGUGGAAAGACAUUUUCCCAGUCAGAGGACCUGAAAUCACAUGAGAGAAUAGAGAGGCUGUGUUCUGACUUAAGUUUUUGACUGAGAAUUAGUGUUUUUGUUCCAUGCCAAAUGAAAUCAUAUUGUUUAUAUGAAAUCAUUAAAAAUAUGCCAACUUUAAAAAAAAAAAUGUUUAUCUGGAGACCUGAUCUAAAAUCAGAUUAAA